AUGGACUCUGCGUGGUUGAUCGACUCUGAGAGCAACGCCGAGAGCAAGUGCCAUGGCGCUAACGGUACAGCGGAAAUCUCUGAGAACGAAAAGCCCGAUCAGAAUGGAGGCAACGCUUCGUUGGCUCGGCGUCAACUUUCCACAGGAUUGAAGGUGCUCAUCGUUGGAUCCGGACCAGGAGGCUUAAUGUCCGCUUUGGAAUGCUGGAGAAAAGGUCACGAUGUACUAAAGAUCCUCGAAAGAAGUGAGUCGCCUGUGUUGACAGGAGAUAUCAUGGUAGUGCAGCCAUCUGCAAUCGAGGUCUUGCGACACUGGCCGGAACUCGUUUCCGAACUCAAAGAAGUGGAGUACGACGUUGACAUGCACUACAAGAAACAUUCCGGUGAGCACAUAUACGGGCCAUGCAAGCCGUCUUUCAACGAUCCUGGAGAGCACGAGCGACGUAAAGGCCCGUACACGGCUGCCUUACAGCCAAGAAUUGGAUUUUUCCAGAUGCUGCUCCGACAAGUAGAGAGAGUCGGAAUCGAAAUCGAGUACGGAGCGCGAGUGGAAACAUACUUUGAAGACAUCCCAGCUAGGAAGGGAGGCGUGGUACUGGAGAACGGCGAAGCCGUCACUGCAGACGUCGUGAUCGCUGCUGAUGGGCAGAACACAGCAUCGGCAAACUUGGUAUCUGGCAGUCCAGUCAAUCCCAAGCCUAGUGGCAUGGCAAUCUACCGAGUGGCGUUCUCCAAAGAACAUGCAUUCCAGAACGAGAUCGUCCGAGAACAGUGGAAAGAUGAUUCGUCUGUGUGGCAAUUCUGGCUUGGACCUAAGAUGUAUUGCGGGAUUGUGGUUCACGGGGACAUCAUAUCUUGGGGUUUCACUCCACGGGACGAUGGUACCGCUGACGAGUCUUGGACUCCGGGAGUUGAGGUCACACCAGAACAAGCGAUCAAUGCUAUGGGCAACGCUCUCGAAGGCUGGCACCCUGCGAUUCCAGCUCUGGUCCGCAUGACUCCAAAGGGUACAAUUGUGCACUCGCGCUUGAUGUGGCGGGACUUGCGCAGACAAUGGACUUCUCCAGGCGGGCAUGUUGUACAAGUCGGAGACAGCGCUCACAGCUUUUUGCCUACUUCAGGCAAUGGUGCAACGCAAUCUAUCGAAGAUGCUGUCACAUUAGCAACAUGCCUACAGUUGUCCGGCAAAACCAAUGUCAGCCUUGGAAGUAAGAUUUACAACCUGCUACGAUACGAGAGAGUCGCUUGUGCGCAGAAAAUGACAUUUGUCAAUUCUCAACUCAAGCAGGAAACCGACUGGGAAGCUAUCAAACGGGAGCCUGCCAAGAUCCGAACCAGGUUUCCGAACUGGGUGACACGACAUGAUCCGGAGGCUUAUGCGUACGAGAAGUAUGGGCAGGCCUUCGCACACCUCACGUCCAAUGCUCCGUUUCAGAACACCAACUUUCCUCCGGGUCACAAGUUUGUGCCUUGGUCGAUCGACGAGGUCAAACGAGAUAUCGAGAACGGUGUAAGGGUCGAAGACCUACUGGACGGUGACUGGUCAUAG